AUGGCGGCGUCCAAUGUUCCAGCGCUGUUCGUCUUCUACGGGAAUCUAGCCGCUUUUGCCUGGCUCAGCGCAAUGGGCUUCGACGUCUGGCUCAACGUCAGGCGAGUAUCCAAUCGGCAGACGUCUCCAUUCCAGAGAGGGGCGAGGUUCAUCUUUUUCUAUCUCUAUGGAUAUGGGGUGACAGCGUGUGUCUUCGUAAUAGGAUGCGUCGUGGAAUUCGCUCCCGGCAUCCCUUCUGACACCAUCAAACUGGGACUGGAUCUCAACAAACAAUGCUGGUUCGGUGGUUGCGAACCUGGGUAUAGGGGUGCUGUCGCCCGCCCCACCCCCGCCCCCACCCCCGCCCCACCCUGUAUCCGCCCCUGGCUCCCUCCAAUCAGUUGCAGGGACGACGACGACGAAUCGUCAGUCGAUCGGGCCUCACGACUGCGUCAGCACGGCUCGUGUGCGGCAGUUCCACUGUCGGCUGAGCGGGAUCCUUUCCGAUUUUUGGUUCUCCUGGCAUUCCUUCGCUUCAAACUUUGUGCGCGACUCCAUCUUCUCGUCGACAUGAUCGUUGCCAUUGCGCUCAUUGCUGUUUCGCUCUCGCGGAGCCGGUGUCAGGCGUUGACGAUGCCAGCUGCGUGGCAGCAAGUGAUGCCACUGCAAUGGGAGGAGGACGAGCCUGUGGGGGAAUAUGGAGGAACCACGCCUUCAGGGGAUGAAGGCUAUUCAGAUUACAGCGGUGGCUACGAUGACUACGAGAGAAGUGAGGGAAAUGCCAUGGAUGGAGAACGAGUCGAUUCGCAACCGGUGGGAAAUGAAGACACCGCGCACUUGGCUCACGGUCUUGGUCUCUCUGGAGGCGACGUCCCUCUGACAGACUCCGCGCAGCAGCAGGCGAAGCCAGCAAACCGCGAGAACAGGAGCGAGAGGCGUGAAAGAAGGCAAACGCAUCUGUCCAUAGGGGGCGGCAGAAACAGCAAUCGCAAUACGAGACGCUACAGUCGCCCGCGUACUACAAUAAUUUGGGAUUAAAUUCACGAUUAAUCGUCCCGCUGUGUGAUAUCAUGGGAUAUACUCGAUUUUUAAUGACAUUCUGGGUUCGACGCAAUAUCUCACGUGUUUCAGGAAAAAAAAAGUACCAAAAGUGAAUCAUGUCCUGAUAUACUAAUGUAUGGAAUUGUACGGACGAUUCUACCCAAUGAUCAAAUGAAAAUUCCCUCAGCUACUUCAUAUUUUAAUCUUGAUUUCGCGUGUCAAGAUUCCACGUCUUCCAUUGCGAUUAUUUCAGCGUGACUCGACCGGUUCCUGUUCCUGUUUGACCCAAAUCUAAUUGCUAAUCUAGUUGAUGGCUAAUCCAUUAAGCUCGCUUCCAGAUGAAAUGAGUCAGUUUAGUGCGAUCGUAUUAGAGUAACUUUUUUGUUUUUAUUAAUAAAACUGUGCAGUGGACUUGGUAAGA